GCAGACAAGCGGAUAAGAAAUAUCCGAGAGCAGCCACCAUCCUCACCCUCCUCCUCCGCCCAGCUGCUCAAAUGGCGGUUGCAGCCACCACUUGCUCUUUCUCUUCUCUCGCCUCCGCCUACACUUCUCGCUAUUCUUCCAUUUCCUCCCACCGCCGCCACCUCUCCACCUUCUCCUGCAGAUCCGCUCCCAAAGCCAUCAGCCGCAGCAACAAGGGAGCUUCGUCAUCGCCCAAUAAGCCUCCCAAACAGUUUGGUGGUGGAUCGGGAGAGGAUGAGAAGAGACGAACUCAAUCCUCGCCGUUCAAAUCGUUUGGAGCCCAGUCCCAGAGAAAGGACAAGAAGGGGGUUUCCUUUGACUUGAAAGAGCAGCAGCAGGUUGAAACAGGGAAUCUUCAAGAUGGAGCUUUUCUUAAUGCUGUGGUGAAGGUUUACUGCACCCACACUGCGCCUGAUUAUUCCCUUCCUUGGCAAAAGCAAAGACAAUAUACGAGUACUGGAAGUGCUUUCAUAAUUGGGGAUGGGAAACUUUUGACAAAUGCACAUUGUGUUGAACAUGCUACCCAGGUCAAAGUGAAGAGAAGGGGAGAUGAUACAAAAUAUGUGGCUAAGGUUUUAGCACGAGGUAUUGAAUGUGAUAUAGCUUUGCUUUCAGUAGAAAGUGAAGAAUUCUGGAAAGGAACUGAGCCACUCAAUUUUGGACGCUUGCCACGUCUUCAGGAUGCAGUAACUGUAGUGGGAUAUCCGCUUGGAGGAGAUACUAUUUCGGUUACAAAAGGGGUGGUAUCGCGCAUAGAGGUUACAUCUUAUGCUCAUGGUUCAUCUGAUUUGCUGGGCAUUCAAAUUGAUGCAGCAAUAAAUCCUGGUAAUAGUGGUGGUCCUGCGUUCAAUGACCAGGGGGAGUGCAUUGGAGUUGCAUUUCAGGUUUUCAGAUCUGAGGAUGUUGAGAAUAUUGGAUAUGUGAUUCCAACUACAGUUGUGUCUCAUUUUUUGGAUGACUACGAGAGAAAUGGGAAGUACACUGGUUUUCCUUGCCUUGGAGUAUUGUUGCAAAAGUUGGAGAAUCCUGCACUACGUUCUUGCCUAAAAGUUCAGUCGAAUGAGGGUGUACUGGUGCGGAGAGUUGAACCCACUUCUGAUGCAAACAAUGUCUUAAAGGAGGGGGACGUGAUUGUAAGCUUUGAUGGUGUUCAUGUAGGCUGUGAAGGAACAGUGCCAUUCCGGUCAACUGAGCGCAUUGCAUUCCGUUACCUCAUAAGUCAAAAAUUUACAGGUGAUGUUGUAGAGGUGGGAAUUAUCAGAGCUGGUGCUUUUAUGAAAGUUCAAGUAGUUUUAGAUCCGCGUGUACAUUUGGUUCCGUAUCACAUUGAAGGAGGUCAACCUUCAUAUCUAAUAAUUUCUGGUUUGGUGUUUACCCCCCUCUCGGAACCACUUAUAGAGGAGGAGUGUGAAGACACAAUAGGAUUGAAACUACUGACAAAGGCACGCUAUUCUUUGGCAAGAUUUAAAGGGGAACAAAUUGUGAUCUUAUCUCAGGUUUUAGCAAAUGAAGUAAAUAUUGGGUAUGAGAAUAUGAGCAAUCAGCAGGUUCUGAAGUUCAAUGGGACAUGGAUUAAAAACAUUCAUCAUCUGGCACACCUUAUUGAUUCUUGUAAAGACAAGUAUUUGGUUUUUGAAUUUGAAGACAAUUACCUUGCUGUUUUGGAAAGAGAGGCUGCUGCUGCAUCCUCUCCUUGCAUUCUCAAAGAUUAUGGAAUACCGUCUGAAAGAUCUUCUGAUCUGUUAAAACCAUACAUGGACUCCUUGGGAGAUAACCGAUCAAUAAAUCAAGAUUUUGGAGACAUCCCAGUCUCAAAUUUGGAAAUUGGUUCUGAUGGACUCCUGUGGGCAUAAUCACCAUAACUUGAAAGGUCAACCUGAAGCUUCCCUUUGCAGCCACAACUGCACCACAGCCACAGCUUGCAGGCUGUACAAAGACCGAUUGGUAGCAUCACAGCUUUUAUUGACCCUUUGUGCCAUUAUGAAUAACAUGGGCUGUAACCUUAAAAAUUUUCUACAGCCUUUUUUUUCAAUACAUUUUGGGAGAGUGUAGAUGUGUGCAGAAGCAGCUGCAGUUCGGCUUGAAAGCAUUGUUGUAUUGAUGUUGGGUCCUCUGGAAAUGGUACUUAUUUAAGUAUUUUUAUGAUUCUGUCCAAAGAGGAAAUAAAAAUACACCAAAUUUUCUCA